ACAACUUGAUAGUGCCGCGAGAAAUCAAAAUCGCCGUCGUUUCGUCACGCAAGGCAAUUUUUCGUGUUUUUUGUAUUUAAUUCAAAUUUAAUUUACGUGCUCCUGUAAUGAUUCAAAGUGAACCCAGUCGCGCGGCUCAAGUGAAAUCACGUUUGCUUCAAAGCCACAACAUAAAAGUGCUGGACGAAUGGCUCACCGGGUGCGUGUCGUUCUGCCUGCAGGAGAACCCGAAAACCUCCAGCGAAGCUCUGUUCAAGUUUGCCUUCGAUCAGUGGGUGUUGGCCGAUCUGCAAGAGAUCGGAGUGGCCUCGUUGCCGGAAACGGUCGAAACGGAAACCAAAUGCUUUACGCUGAAGGGGAUCUUCCCGCUGCAGUUAAACUACCUGAUGGACAUUUCGGAGCCGUGUUACGAUCAGCUGAGGAAUUUGUACAAUGAAAAGCUAGACGAAGCGGACGAUGAAGUGCAGAUGCGCAAGAAUCAAACUCAGCAUGUUAGGAAACGGAGAAUGCUUAAGCUGGAACUGACCGAUGGUAAGCGAACGGUGAUAGGAAUGGAGCACAGUCCGAUUGCUUCUUUGAAUACAAAACUUCCACCUGGUGUGAAGGUUCUACUUAGCGGUCCGAUUCGGUGCAUCAAUAAGGUGUUAUUCCUCGAACCGAAAAAUGUAAAGAUUCUCGGUGGAGAGGUUGACACCCUGCUCAUAACGAAUGCCUUCGAGAAUAUCCUACUGAAACAUUUGGGACAGCCACUGAAAUCCAAUCCGAAAACCAAAUAUGAUGAAGUGGUUGUGACGGAAAAGAAUCCGCAUUCGAACUACAAUAAUAUUCCAUCGGUGCCGAUGGUGUUUCCAUCGCCAGCGAAACCGACGCUGAGUCGGUCGAGUAACAAUCAGUAUGAUGAUUGGGAAGACGACAUGUUCCUGGGAAUCAAUCUGGAUGGAAUUGAAACCACCGGUAAUGCCAAUACGAGUAGAAACAAUAAGAUUAAACCCCCGGAACAAGUUCCCACCGUCAGUACCCUGAUGGACGAUGACGACGACCUGCAGAUAAUCGAACUGCCCGGGGAAGAAAUUAUGAACCAUCAGGUUUCCUCUACCAAAACUUCUCAACCUUCACCACCAGCCACGAGGCCCAAGAGGCCAACCUACAGGUUGCCCUCGUUCGAUGAACCAGAUGACGACAUCGAUGCCCUCAACUCGCUCGAAGAUGAAAUUAGAAACGAACAACAGCAGAAUCAACGUGCUCCGUAUAUCGAUGACGAUGAAAUGGAAAUACCCGAGUCCCCUCCGGCGGUAUUGAACCAGCAAGCCAAACGGCCACGUACAGAAGUUCCUGCCAGCAAACCGGCAAAGCAAUCGAAUACCAUACACGACAGCCAACAGCCUUCCACCAGCAAAACCAUCGACAAAUGCUCCGUUUCGGCACUAUUCGGAGACUGCCUGGACGAUGUGUUCGAGGCGGAGCAAAUACAGCCUCCGAGUCUAUUCGGACGGGAUAGCAUCCUGUCGCCACGGUAUCAGUUCCAAAUCGAGGGCUACAGUUUGGUGACGGUGGAUCAGAUCAGCAAACUGACCGAUGCCGAACGGGACCAGCGGACUUUUGUGGUGUUCGGAGAGGUGGAGAACGUCUCCGAACGGAUUCGCAUUGCGGACGAUUGCUGGAAGCUGGGCAUCAUGGUGACGGACCGCUCGGAACGGGUUUUGGCGGUUCGCGUCCAUACGACUGUUACCAGUAAGAUGGUUGGAUACGAGGCAAGUGAAAUUCAACAAAUGAAACGAGCGAAAGACCCGCAAGUGAUGAAAUUAGUGGAAGAGAUGCUGACCAACUUUAAAAACAUACUGCAAGAACUGCGAACUUUUAUGCGAGUACGAUACCAUCAAGGUAACGAUUUCCCCGAGAUAAUGGAACUGUAUGAAUGCACACGUGCUCGCGUGUCGGUUUUAACUAGCAAAAUUCACAAAGAAAAGCUCAAACACUUAUUAGAAAUUAUGCCGCAAGAGGGCGAUUUAGAAAGGUGAUACUUUUUCAAGUUAUGAGAUAAAAAGCGUUUUCAAUGUUUGGUUCAAAUAUACUCUGUUAAAAUUA